ACUAUUAUUACCAUGAAACUAAUUAGUUACCGUUUAAUAAAUAACGAAUAUUUUACAAUUGAAUUUGUGUGCAUGGAAUAAUUUGAAUUUUGGAGGGACGUUAAUCAAAGCAUGCAGCGCCACAUACGAAAACCUGAAAGAUUAACGUCAAUGUUGUGUAUGUAGCGGUUUUUCUGGUAAAUGUAAUAAAAUAUUGCUGUUGGAAUUUGGCAAGAAUUGUCGAGACUGUGAAAUUUAAUACAUAAAUUAAUUGAAAUGUUGGUUGCAUCUAUCUCAUCGAAAUUGGUUAGCCACGAAUGGCAAACUGGGAACACCCAGAACGAAUAUGGAUCUGACAGUGGAUCAGAUAUCAAUACAAUCUCUUGGUCCAAGGAUGGGGCCUGGAUGGUGAUGGUACCUAGUAUAGGAAACCCUGAGAUCUUAUCAUUUAACAAUGAUAAACUGAAAUCAAUUUACACCAUAAAGGGUAUAUCAGGUGUAACAUGUGCCUCCUUCCAAAAUAACAGCAAAAGAAAUGUUGUUCUUGGAACAGAUUCUGGCCAAUUAAUGGUUUAUGAUAUUAAAACAAACUCAGUGAAGAAAAAAUUUCAGUACGCUCCAGCCGCAUUGUUCAAAAUACAAUAUUGCCUUAAAGACACUCACAUUGUAGCUGGAUGCGAGAAUGGCGAAAUUUUUGUCUACAAUAACAACAGCGGCCUGUUGUCGAGCAAUUUCAGAGUAUCGAAAUCGAAAACCUUAAUGAAUUUUGAAUGUCACAACUUCAAAAGAAAUCUGAUUGGAGGUUGCAGUGAAGAAGGUAUUGUUGCUGUCUGGGACAUCAACACCUCUAAAUCGUUGGCGUCUUACGAAUGCCACAAUGCGGCCAUCACAGAUAUCACCUUUUCGACUCUAAGAUCUGAUUAUUUGGUAUCGGCCGGAAUGGAUCGCAAGCUAUGCUUUUACGAUUUCAUGAACAAGAAGCCUUGGAGCAACAUCAAAUUACCGAAGAUUCCAACUGCAAUUGACUUUUGCCCAGAUGGUAUAGGUUUACUUGUGGGAUUUACAGAUGGAAAGUUAAUAGCGUACGAUACUAGAAAAAUGUCCGAAUCGCUUGCUGCAUUCGACGGACAUGAUUCCAAAAUUCAUCAGAUUAUCUUCGAAAAGCACAUGGACGAAAAGAUUAGCGAAAUAAGCCUACCCGAGGAGUCGAACGAAUCCAUAGAACCAGUCAGGGAAAAGUCCACUCAGGAUUCGUUUGCAAAGAUGUUUUGCGGCGAUCACCUGCCGGACAUACCUGAAGUCGAAAACGAGUCUUGUUCUAAAGAUAACAUCCGUGACUCUUUUAUGGAUGCUAUGUGCUUAAAUUCAAUAAAUCAAAGUUCACAAUCCAUUCGAGAUCUGCACUUGAGCAAGGACAGCAAACUCUUGUUGCCAGAAAGGAUACCCACUGAGAGUGAUAUAACGUUCAAGAGCGUCGUCGAAAAAUUCAAAGCGAGCCAAGCAUCCACACCGAAUCUGAACAAAAAUCCUCUUGAAAUUUCUGCCACAGUCUCGCCCAUAAUAUCGCAAAACGCUACUAAACUAGAUACAACUCCACAGAGUUCUUCCAGAAAGACUGAUAUGAAAAUUUCUAAUGCCAAUGAAUAUAUUGCCGAUGACAAUGUGAAGGCAGUAAUACGGGAAAGUCUGAAGGAAACAGUACAGAAGGUAGUGCGUGAAGAAAUGGAUGAAUUUAGAAAGGACAUGAAACAGCAGCUGCGCGACAUCAUUUACGACAUUUACAAAGAGGAAGUAGAAGAGUUCAAGACUGAAUUAAAAUAUCAAUCGUACGAUGUUAUGGGAGCCACGAGGAGACAAUUUUUAGAUCUACACAUGUGCGUCAUUAAGGAAUUCAUUAAAGUUGAAGAUCAGUUCAGUAAGCUGAGAGAAGACCUGUUUACGGGUGACUACAUCAGCGAUUCCAUAGUUCAAGAAAACAUGAAGCUGUCCAGAGAAAUCACACAAUUGAAGGAAAAAUUGAAUGGAAAUAAAUAAUUAAAUAUA